ACAGUGAAACACAGGCGGAAUCACUGUUUUUACUAUUUUGUUGUUGAAAUUUUCUCUUUUUGAUAAUCUGUUCCUCUUCAGCAUGUCUCAACAGGCAGGAUAUUCGCCCAGCUUCAAGCGACCGGCUGAAAUUAUGCGAAUGAGGAGAAAAAGAGCCCGAAGCGACGCCGGUGUCUUCUCUAGUCCGAGCGGCCAGGAUUCCACUGGCAGUACCGGACAAAGCGAAUCAUCUCCGGCGUCCGUCCGGCCCUUCUCCCCGGGACCGUUUUUUCACACCCAGAAUCGCUCCGGAGGUGGAAUAAAACGCAGAAACCCGUUCGCAAACAUUGAGAAUACUUACAGCCCCAAAAAGAAAUUACUCAUUUAUAACGACGACGGAAAUGCUGAAGCUGCGGACAGGAUAAACAGAUCGACCGAAAAAGAUGGAGAUGAGGACAUGUCAACAAAGACUGAGUGUCAAGGAGUUUUAUCUUUCAGUGCCAGGCUGACUGAGGUAGAAAAACAGCAACGACCAACCAAGAAGUGCCUCACGUUCUCUGAAGAUGACUCUCUGUUUGAAGAAGAAGAGGAAGAUGUCAAAAGUCCGCUGCUGAAGAGUCCCCAGGCCAUUGCUCCGGCCUCCAUAGCUCCUCCUGUCUGCACAGAGUACCCAGCAGACUGGAGCCUGAAGACUCGCCUCCUCUUCACUUCUCCGCUCUCCCUGUUGUGGGCAGAGCACCCCAAAGCCCAGGAGGAAGCUCUGGGGCUCAACCAGCACUGCAGAGCUCACUUUAGCACUCUGCCACACAGCCUACAGGAUCCCAAGUCCUGCUCGGAGCUUCGUUGUGCCUUCCAGCAGAGUCUGGUGUACUGGCAGCACCCAUCCCUCCCCUGGAUCUCUUUGUUCCCCAGGAUCAACGCUGAGAGGAGCUUUACUGGGAAGAGCACCCCAUGGGCACAAGAUGCAGCGCUGCAGCAGAGUCUCAUGAGUGAAUGGUCGGUCAGUCUGUCGUCUCUCUACAGUCUACUGAAGGCCAAACUGUGUCCCUACUUCUAUCUCUGCUCCUAUCAGUUUACAGUGUUGUUCAGGGCAGCAGGUCUCGGGGGCUCUAGCAGCAUCUCUGCCUUAAUCUCUCCAACAACGAGGGGUCUCAGAGAGGCAAUGAAGGCUGAAGGUAUAGAGUUCAGUCUCCCUCUAGUGGAGGAGAGGAGGAAGAGCAGGGAGCCGCAGAGUCUGACAGUGCAGCAGGGAGAGGAGGAGGAGCAGAGGGAGAAAGCGCAGGAGUGUUCUGAGCUGAAAGAGGGUGAGGACUGUCAGGCAGGUGAUGAAGGAGAGAAUAAUGCAUUCAACGAUGAUGACGACGGCAGCUUCUCCUGGCUGAAGGAGAUGGGAGUCCAGGACAAAAUCAAGAAGCCAGACAACAUCACCAUACAACUUCGUAAGGAGGGCCACGCUGUCGCUCUGGACCACAAGCCGGAGUCUGUGGUGUGUGUGGAGGGAUCACACACUUUCACCCUCAUUAACUUCCUCAUCAAUUGUAAGAGUCUGGUCGCUGCAGCGGGUUCCCAGGCUGGGUUACCCCCAACACUGCUGGCUCCCGUCGCUUUCAGGGGAGCUGCAGUGCACACGCUGAAGGCCCGCAGUGUGAAUGUGAAAAGCCAGGUUGGUUCUACGUACCAGAACAUCAGCAGCCUGGAGAUCACAGGACCUAUCCUCCCCUCUUCUCUCCACAACAUCACAACUCUCCUUCGGCCCGCACAGAAAGGAAACUUCUCAGCUAAUCUUUACACACAUGCACCUACCGCCGUCAUGAACACCCACACCACCAAGGAACAGGGUGCUGGUGGGUCAGUGGACCUGUCUGGCUGUGGUCUCCAUCCUUCUUCCAUCCAGCAGCUUCAGCAGCCCUCCAGCCUGGGCAAGACUGCUCUGACUUACAUCAACAUGAACAACUACAACUACACAUGGAAGAACUGAUGGAGGGAAACGCUGGUGGCAGCCCCCUAAGAAGUACAGAGUGUGUGGUGGCAACAUGAAGUUAAACCAGUACUCCUCAGAUGUGUCUUUUAAAAUCUUUACAGAUUUCAUUGCAUUGCACUGUACUUUUAAAGUGUCUUUUAAAGCUGUGCUCUUGUAAUGAUCGGAUUGUUCUGAAUUUAUUUUUAAUGUAUAUAGAUGCAUUGUUUAGCUAGCUUGUUUGAAAAUGUGUUUUAAUUACUUGUGAUAUGUUUAAUUUCAGAGAAAACAUUUUUAUGCCAUUAAAUGUUUUACAGUGCAACCUUUAUCAAAUUAAAUUUUGGUUUUGAGGUUAUAUUCCAGGAUGAUAAUGCUGAAGAAAUA